AUGCCUCCUUCUGAGCCGUUCAGAAGGAGUGCCGAUUCAGACGUGGUGGCACGGUGGAGCAUCCCGAUGAGUAACACCGUCUACAAGAUCGAGUUCGAGCAUGGCACCACCACGGGCAAGAGGAUUGUCAGAGUGAACGGAAGGGUACGGUACUCGAUUCAGACUGAUUCCAAGUUCAGGAGGUUGUCAAGCACGACUGGCUGUUCAAGCUGGUCGGUCGGGAAGUGUUCGAGAUCAAUGGCAUCCACUGUGUCAUCAACAUCGAGGCCAUCGGCAUCUUUGCGUACGAAUACAGUAUCACCGUGAACGGUAAGACGUAUGAGAAGUUCAAGGAAGAACAGGACAAGAACUUGAUCAUGUGGACCCUGAAGAUCAACGAAACUGACUACAGGGUGGUACUGGGUGAGUUGGCUGCUUUUUAAGAAAAAUAGUUUUUAGUUUGCGAUAUUAUUCAGUAAAAGUUAAUGAGUUAUAUUGACAUUACCGUUUAGAACGAGAUUCCAUGGACGUCUGGGUCAAUGGGGACAAAGUCACCACAGCUGUAAGUCUAUCUAGUUAGCCCUUAUGUACAUUUGAUAUCAUGAAAAAUGCUUCAGGGCUGUUUCACCGACGAAGGUGUAGAUACCCACUUCGAGAUAGGCGCUUCUAAUGUAGCUUGUAUAAAGAGCUUGAGCAGCGGAAAGCGAACCAAAGGUAUCGUCUUCAAACUGUUCGUCAACGGCGACCUUAUAGAAUCGUGCAACUAA